AUGGAGACCAAGCGCAAGGCAAGCGCCGCUGGCCGAGGAGGCGGCGCCGACGGUGGUGAGCCCGCAGCGAAGAGGCGCAAGUUACCUUCGGACUUCCCAGAUCUGGCAAAGCACGAAUCCCCCGAGUCCACCACCGCCUACGGCCUGGCUUUUCUCGAAGCAAUACGAAAGACGGCCGACAAACAUGGACGAGGAGUCGCGGGCUACUUCGAGAAGCUCUUGCCCAGGGAGGGCAAUGAGGACUAUUACCGGAGGAUCCACAUGCCAGUGUCACUCCGGGUGAUCGAGCGCAGACUGUACCGGCACGAGCUGGCGAACAUGACACAGUUGGAAAGCUGGAUGAAGCGCAUGGUCAACAAUGCAAAGGAAUUCUACUCGCGUGGCUCACAGACUUACGAAGACGCCGAACGCGUGAGGAAAGCCACCAGCAACUACAUGGUCAAGACGAACCCGGCGUACAAGAAAAUUACAAACUACGCCGCGACCCCAGCCCCGGCCCCUCCGGACUGGGACGUCGAUGCCGAGAUUACAGCAGAGGACAUGCCCUCCGAACUGGCGGCCAGCGACGUGGCCUCUCGACCCCCGCGGCCACUACAACCUCAGCACCCUUCGGGCGAGGAGGAUGCCGAGGGCGAAGAUGAGGAAAUGCCCGACGCCGAUGCUGAAGGCGAGGCCGAUGACGGCGAGGCCGCUGAAGGCGACGCAGACAUCAGCCGGGGAUCCAACACUCGGAUAGUGCUCAAGAGGCGCGGAGCACGCUCGAACGAGACAGAAGGCACGCCGGACGCGCGAUCGACAAGCGAAAACAAGGGCGGCGCACAGUUUUCGGAGGUGCCCUACCAGGGUCUCAGCUUCCAGCAGGCUCAGGAGAAGCUGGUGGACGAGUUAUCGACGCGCCAGGAAGAAGAUGAUGAAUGGCCAUACUUUGAGCCCUUCAUAAACUUGCCCCCCAAGUCAUUGAAAGACUACUACCAACUCAUCGACGAGCCAAUGUCCCUGAAGAAGCUCUGGCGGGCCAUCAAAGGCAUGGUUGGUAGAGCUGGAGCAACAGGAGUCAGCGAGUUCAAGAGUUGGGCGGCUCUAGAAGAAAAGGCGAGUUUGCUCUGGAGCAACGCGUUCUACUACAACGAGGAAGGCAGUGAGAUCUUCGAGCUGGCCAAAGAGCUCAAAGUAAGCCAGAAUACCACAGCCCACCCCAUGGAUGCCGCCGGCGGAUCUAACACUUCUCAGGACGCCUUCUACGAGCAGCUCAAUGAGGCCAAGGGAUGCGUAGAGGAACCGCCUCAACCUAAGAUCAUCUUGAGAGCGCCCUCAGCGCAGACGCCGCAGGCCCAGUCUGGGCGACCCAAACGAAUCACUAUCCACGUCGGCGGCGGCAGAGAGGGCUCACAGGGAUCCCCGGCGCCACAGGCGUCUCAUCCCGGCCCAGCCCAGGGGACUGUCGAGGGAGCUGUCAAUGGAGCUACCACACGGCCGGCUCCCGUCAACCCAGCGGCGGCGAACCUGACCCAGGUCCCUGGGCCCGGUACACCAUCUGCGGUGAUGAAGCGAGAGGACUCCAACAGGGCAUCUCCGACUGUUCCACCCCCGAUGAACAACGGCUACAGCUCAAGUGCCUUCCGGCCUGUGAUGCUACCCCCGGUCAGCGGCCUGGGCCAGCCUGCGCCUCAGCAUGGCCCACCCAACGGACACGUGCCCGGACAACAGCAACAAGCGGCUGCAUUGUACGACUUCACAUUCCGGUGUGCGGGAGUGGGUCUGUCGGAGGCAAGCCUGGCCAACCUGUGUUUACGCACGCCACCAGACAACGGCGCGGACAAGCAGUUUGUUUUUAACGUGCCUCCCCAUCCGAAAUUAUUGCAGCAGUCUUUCACGGUUAAUCUAGCCGCCAACCAGUGGAAGCUGCAGAUCGUGCCACGCGUGUCGCCGGUUCUCGAGCAGCAGCAACGCCCGUACAAGCUCUACGUGGUCGUCAAUGGACAGACUCUCGCUCGCGGAGUUCCAACCCCGCGAGACACGAUCCAGAAUGGAGAACUCCUGUACGAUGCACAGCUCCACCAAGGCGUCAACACCGUUGUGCUACAAAUGAUUGCCGCGCUGCCGAAAGGUCAGAAGCUGCCCAACGGCUCCGACGCGGUGCUUGAGAAGAUUACUAUCCUUGCGAACGUUAUGAAGCAGUACUAG